AUGGCUGUUGCGUGCAUCCUUCUCCUCCUUUUGGCAGUAACAAUGAUCUUUGUAAAUCGUCGUCGAAUUUAUGAAAAAAGACGCUCACCAACUGAAAAUAUUCGACAACGUGAGUACGAAAUUCGAAAAACAGAACUUGAAGAAGCUGUGGAGAAUUUAACAGAUGAACAAAGGUUUGUUGCUGCUCAGUUUCAAUUGAAACAGAAAAUAAUUGUCUUUAAUGAGGACGCAUUUCGAGACCAACGUCAAAUAGCACUUGAUGCAGCAGCAAUGUCUCCCAGAUCACGGACAACUGUUCGACAAGUCUUUCACUCUGUGAAGGCACUGAAAAUUAGUCCGCAACGUCAUUUCUGA